UAAGGUACAGUACCACCUUCAUCUCAUGUUCAGCCAGGGAAAACCUGUGUGUCACUAAAAUCAAGUCCAAACAUGAGAAAGACAAAACCUUGCCAACGGAGUUGCAGUAAGAGGGGAAGUGACACAGUAGCGAGAAGACUUUAACCGUCACACUCCAGAAAUGAAACUUAAGGUUUGUACGUCUAACAGUAAAGUUUAGACAAUCGAGACGGAUCCAUUUCUCUCAAAAGGAACAACAGCAACAACAGCUCAACAACACAGCAGAGUCUCUGCCGAACACUGAUAUGGCUGCUGCAAACUAUCUGCCAUCUGAAGAUCAGUUUCUGUGCUCCAUCUGUCUGGAUGUGUUCACUGAUCCUGUCAGCACACCAUGUGGACACAACUUCUGCAACAACUGCAUCACUCAACACUGGGAUAUUAGUGACAGGUGCCAGUGUCCGAUGUGUAAAAAGGUUUUCAACACAAGACCUGAGCUGCACGUCAACACUUUCAUCUCUGAGAUGGUCGCUCAGUUCAGACAGUCAGCUCAACAGAAAGCCAGCAGCAGCAGCUCACAGCAACAAGCUGCCAAACCAGGAGAAGUUCCCUGUGACGUCUGCACUGGAACCAAACUGAAGGCCCUGAAGUCCUGCCUGGUGUGUCUGGUCUCCUACUGUGAGACUCACCUGGAGCCUCAUCUGACAGCUUCACGUCUGAAAAGACAUCAGCUGAUGGACCCUGUGGAGAACCUGGAAGACAGGAUGUGUACGAAGCACGAUAAACCUCUGGAGCUGUUCUGUAAGAACGACCACACAUGUGUCUGCAUGCUCUGCCAUGUUUCAGACCACAAAACACAUGAUGUUGUUCCUCUGAAAGAAGGAUAUGAAGGAAAGAAGGCUGAGCUGGAGGCUGAAAUUCAGCAGAUGAUCCAGAAGAGACAACUGAAGAUUCAGCAGAUCAAAGACUCAGUCGACCUCAGUGAGAAAAAUGCAGACAGAGAGGUAGCAGAAGGUGUUCAGGUCUUCACUGAGCUGAUGGAGUCUGCUGAGAGAAAAUUAAACAAGCUCAUUGACACGAUCAAAGCAAAGCACAGAACAACAGAAAAACAGGCUGAAGGCUUCAUCAGAGAGCUGGGACAGGAAAUCUCUGAGCUGAUGAAGAGAAGCACUGAGCUGGAGCGGCUCUCACAUUCUGAAGACCACCUCCAUCUUCUCCAAAGCUUCCCAUCGCUAAAAGCUGCUCCACCCACCAAGGACUGGACAGAGGUCAGCAUCUGUCCAUCAUAUGAGGGGACUGUGGUGAGAGCUGUGUCUCAGCUGGAGGAGACACUCAGUGAACAGAUGAAGAAGCUGGUUGAGUCUGAGCUGAAGAGGGUCCAGCAGUAUGCAGUGGAUGUGACUCUUGAUCCUGAUACAGCAUAUCCUGAACUUAUACUGUCUGAUGAUGGGAAAGAAGUGCAUCAUGGUGACCUAAAAAAGCAUCUCCCAGACAAUCCAGAGCGAUUUUCUUAUUGUGCUUCUGUCUUGGCAAAACAGAGUUUCUCUUCAGGAAGAUUUUACUUUGAGGUUCAAGUUAAAGGAAAGAUUGAAUGGGAUGUAGGAGUGGCCAGAGAGUCGAUCAACAGGAAGGGAAACAUCACACUGAGCCCUCAGGAUGGUUUCUGGACUGUAUGGUUGACGAAUGGAAAUGAGUAUGAAGCUCUUGAUGACCCUUCAGUCCGUCUCUCUCUGAAGUCUCAGCCUCAGAAGGUGGGGGUGUUUGUGGAUUAUGAGGAGGGUGUGGUCUCCUUUUAUGACGUAGAUGCUGCAGCUCUUAUCUACUCCUUUACUGGCUGCUCCUUCACUGAGAAACUCUUCCCAUACUUCAGUCCCGACUGUAAUGAUGGUGGUAAAAACUCUGCACCUCUGAUCAUCUCUCCUGUCAGAGGUCGCAGGGGGCUGGAGCCAAUCCCCACUGACAUACUGCAAGGGGCAGGGUGCACCCUGGACACACUGCCAGUCAAUUACAGGGGUGACAUGGGGAGAAACCGGAGGACCCGGAGUAAACUCAAGCUCACACCGAAAGGACAUGCAAAUGCCACACAGAAAGGCACAAUUUGGCCAGCGGGUUUGAACCAAGAACCUUCUUGCCCUGAGGCAAUAGUGCGAGCUGCACCACGCCCCAGAAUCAAAUAUCCCCCGCUGAAUUUUGAGUAGAUCUGUAAAACAAAACAUGCUGCAAAAUGUCUUCAUAUCUUUCUUUUUUUUCAUUUUUCUAUUUGAUGAGCAGCCACAGAAAACACAUUGCUGCAUAUUUCACUGUAUUGUACACAGGGUCCAAAACUAACACUCGCCACUCACCAAUUACGGGUAGAUUUUGUCUCUGGCUGGUAAAUUUUUAAGACCACUCGCCACUCUGGCGAAUUAUUUUUUUUACCAGCGAAAGAUGCAUUUCUUUGUUACUGGAGAACGAUGCUGGUAUCGGCUGGUUUCCUGGCAGAGUAAUGUGUAUUUCAGGCAGAGACAAUCUUUGGUCAUGUAAGUGCGUCAGUCAUGACGUUAACACAGCGCCCCGAGGUGGAUAGCUGUUGUUAGGCUCGUUGGCGAGGCGCAGCUGUGAGGCUAGCGGAGCGUUAGCCGCAGCAUGACCGGAGGGAAGCACAGCCAGUUAGCCUCCGCUAGCUUCCCAGCUAGCCCCGUCCCUCCGUUUGGAUCUAACCAGAGCACAGAGCCCUGGUUUGUUAUUCAGGUUAAAGUGGGAAGAAGCAGCGGGUUUAUCGGGCAGCUGAGUGAAGUGGAGCCUGCGGAGGAAACACCGGGACCGUCUGGAUGUAAUAGUCCGUGGAGGUGCUGCGGUGCUCGGCUGCACAGAUAGGAAACCCCUCGGCUGACAGGAUGUACCACUCUCUCGCCUGGAAAGUAGACGAGAGCAGGCGGCCGCAGCAGGAGGGCGGUAACAAAAAGCUGUGGUGAAGUCGGACAGUUUCCCGACAGUUUCCAGCAGCCUUCAGUCCAUACAGGAAGUCACAGACACACAAACAUCCUGUCUGGAAUGAUGUCAAUUCAUUAAAAAAAGUGAUCAGGCCCAUUUAUCAGUUUGUUUUCAAUCUCCAGUUGUUUUAAUUAUGAUAGAUUAAUUUAUUAAAAUGCUUUACAGGUGAUCUGUAGUUUAUGUUCAUGGUUUAUCCUCCAUUUGACAUGAACUCUCCUGUAAAUCAGCAUCAUAUCAGUUUGACCUGUCCCCUCAACUACACAGGCUGAAUAAACUGUGUUUGACUAUAAGGUUCAUAUUUUCAGAAGAAAAAAAUACAAGACAACAGCUUUCAUUAAAGAUCAGUCAGAUACAGUCAGAGCUUCACAUCUGAUGUUAGUUUGAGAAUCCUCACAUCCCACUGACCACAAGUCUCUGUGUUGCUAAAUACUUCAAUAAUUAAACCGUCCAAUAUUAAUAUAGUACAGUAGACUCUGUAUAGUUUAUGAUGAAUGUAUUUAGUCUCUGACAACUAAACUUCACCAUCAGUCACACGUUUUCUGUUCACAGAAUAAACGUUCAGAUCAGACAAAUACAAUCUUAAUCUCUAAAAUUCAACAAAAAUGAGUAGUUUAUCUAAAACGUCGUAUUGUUGAGUCACAUCUGAACCAAUCAGCUGUUAGAUCAGGUGAGAGCCAGGCGGUGCAGUCGGUGGAGAGCAACUGCAGCGCCUGGCUCUAAAAACUGCGGCCGCCUCGCUCUCGCGGUUUUAUCACCGUCCACUUUUGUAAUACGUCAGAGCAAGUCGGGAUGAAGUCGGACACAAAACUAACCGGCAUGCAUUGUGCGCUGGUCGCCGGUGAUCGAAUCUGCGCAGGCCUGGCUCAUCUCGAACGAACCUACUGUUAAUGUACCUCCAUGCUCUGAACCCCCGUAGAAGAAGAGGAAGUAAGAAAAAGUAUCAUGUAGCGAUGCUGGCCAGGUAUUGUGGAGCCUCCCGCAAAAAAAACAAAAAACUAAAGCAAAAGAACCUGCUGAGGCUGAGAUUUUACCGACCAACGACCAAGAGACGGAGGUUAAUGUUGCUGCUGUUGCUGCUGCUGCUGCUCCCGCCGCCGCCACCCCCCAGUCUCAUCCACCGGCAGCAUUAAGUGACUUGACUUUUUUUCCUUUAAAUUAUUAAUUAUUUGGUUGGCUGGUAAAAUAUCUGCCUGGCUGGUAAGUGAAAAAGUUAGUUUUGGACCCUGAUUGUACAGCUUCAUUUCAGAGAAAACACUAUUACAUGCCUAUAGUGCCAACAGAAUACUGUGAUAAUAGGCAUAAAAAGUUGAUGGACAAAGAUCAUGAACAGAAUUUAAGCUAAACAGAGUUUUCAAUUUUUUAUUUUUUAUUUGUGAAUACUGGUAAAAUGGCUUAUGAGUCAGAAAUCUGUAAAUAUGUGCUUUGAAAAAAUAAAAACUUCAAAAUAAACUAGUUGUUGAACACAAGGCCUGAGAAAACAGUGACUUGAGAACCAAACACUGAACAGAAAGCCUGCUUUACAUAUAAGAUGUAUUUUGUUACUGUUACAGUUUAAUAUUGUAAUCCAGGAGUGGCCAAACGACGGCCCGCAGCAAAUUUUUAAAAAUAAACUAGAAAAUGGCUUGAGCCUAUUUUUAAUAAACUGCCCCUUAUGUGCAUUACACAGCCUAGUUUUAACACAAUGUCACUGUCAUCUUGAACAACUACUAAAAGCAAGCCCUGCCAUUACACUUCUUAAUUUGAACACUAGAUGUUGCUACUUCACCUACAAUGAUUGAUCAAUGGUUGAUAAAAACAUCUACCUCAAUAGACAUUGUGUUGGACCUUAAAAGAAGUAAGAUAGAAAAUCACUUUUUGUAAUAUGUGGGCACACUAAUAAACUACUGUAAUGUAAAAGGGUUAAACUGUUAGUAGUGUUGCAUAGUAAUUUUGAUAGAAAAUGAAUUUUCUAAGGCAAAUAAGCUUUUCUGGUCUAGAAAAACAGAUUUUCUUGCUGUGCAACUGAUUAAAACUAUACAUUUACUAAUGCCCAUGAAUCCUUAUAUUUUAUGGAUAUGGCCCACAAUCACAAAAGUUUGGUCACCCCUGUUGUAAAUUAAUUUCAGUCCUGGUUGAUGACACCCUUGGCUACUGGUGGAAACAGCCAGUGUGGUUUAACACAACAGCAAACACUCGUUGAGCAACUGCUUAGUCAGAACUACAACAGAAGAGCAGCUGCAGCAAAAGUAGACCAGGAGCAUAGAAAUAGCAGAGCAGAGAAAGAGUCUCUGCUCUUGCAUCCAGUGGACAUCAGCACACUGGCUGGAAUGGAAGCAGAUUGUUUUCAGCAGCUUUAAGAAAGACAAAUGUGACACAGCCUUGUGUGGUGGAUAACGCUUUAAAAGCACCUCUGGAUAAGAUCGUCACUAAACAUUUAGGACGCACUGUGGAGUGAUGGAUUCUUUAUAUCUAUGUUUACUGGCUUGCAGUCUUUUCUUCACAGCCUGUGCUGCCCACAUCCUCGUGUACGUGAUGGACGAGUGGGUAACUCCAGCAGGGCAGAUCUGCUUUUAACAAGGAAAGCAGCUGCACUGAACUGCUGGUCCUGAAAGAAAAGAAGGGUGGGGAGUCGAGGCGUGGCAGCAUCGGAGUUCCCCAUAAAUAUCCCUGAGCAGGCAAAGUCUGUCAGUGGACUGGAGAAAUACAGCACCGUCUGCCAGACUGAACCCUGCCGCUCACGUCUCCCCUUUAAAGGGCGUCAACCCAGACACCCCUCCAACUACACAGGUGAGGUUAGGUGAGCGGUGAUACACCUGAGAGCUGCCGGUGUGACUUUGCUACAAGACUCGGUCACACAACAGGGUCUGGACUUGCUCACAGAUUAGAAAACCAAAGAUUUGGUAUCAACUUUCCAGGCCACACAGUUCAAGAAAAGGCUGCGCUGGAAAUCAACAGGCCGCAUGAGGAGAGCAGAGACGGAGCACAGGUCAUAAAUCUCCCUCCAGUCUUUGACACCUUUCUUAACAGCUCGUUAGGGCGCAGACCCCCCAAACCUCCCACCCACUCAGCAAACGUAUCCGAUACCAGCAGAGGUUGACGUAAUUUUGAGACCACAGUUCAGCUUUCAAUCUUCCUACUCAAAAACGAAGUCCAGACAUUACAGUCAUUAUUUUCUAAUUAAGCGUCAAGCUUUCCUCUCCGGAGUUUGGGGGGGUCAGAGCAAAGCGACCGACUAAUUAAAACUGGGAUAUUGCCGUGACUAAAAAUAAAGGUGGUUUUCCCAACAGCCCUGACACUGACCUUUACAGAGCGAUGAGGCAUUUUUAGCCUCAGAGUGUUGGGAGUCAGGCUGCUGGCAGAGGCCUGCAGAGGAAGGUGCAGCAUGUGGUGACGUUCACAUCCAUCACAGGCCACCAUCAUAUCCCACACUCAAUGAAAACAUGUCUGGUUUCUCCCCUGAUGAUCACUAUCCAAUAGUGCAUUGUAUCAAACUUCAAGAGUUCUGUUUAUAUUGUGUCUGUGGAAAAGAUGAUCAAAACCUGCCCAACACUUGGCAGAUAAUAUUUCAUCAGGCCUAAAUCUAUUAAUUCUGCACUAUAUUUAAAGUUUAUGUGCAGCUGUUUGACAAUAUUACCAACUGAUGUAUUUGAUAUUUGCCUUGGUUGUGAAUGUUUUGUUGAAUUAACGCCUUGAGUUUGUGUGUUUCCACGAACCUGUCAAUUUGCAUAAACGUGAACGCUUCACAUACAUCUUCCCCCGAGAGCACAGAAGAUCUAUACAGUCAGCACAGCUCCAAGGUGGACACACAAGAUUAGAGUCACCAAUUCAGCAUCUAACCAAAGGUCUUUCCAUCUGUUCCUGAGAUAUGACAGUAAAUAAUGGCAAGAAAAGUGUUUUUGCAGAAUGUUAUGGUGUCUCAGCGAACCUGACCUUUGACCUUUUGGAUAGAAAAUGUCAUAAUUUCAUCAUUUUAUCCUGUUAGACAUUUGUGUGACAUUUCUUCAUAAUCAGCAGACAUUUUUUUAGGACACAGUAACUUUGACCUUUGACCACCAAAAUUUAAUCAGUUUACCGUUGAGUCCAAGCGAAUGUUUGCGCCAAAUGUGAAGAAAUUCCCUCAUGCUGUUCUUGAAAUAUUGUCUUCAUGAGAAUGAGAUGCGUGCAAGGUCACAGUGACCUAACCUAUGACCCCUGACCAGCAAAAUCUAAUCAGUUCAUCAUUAAAUCUAAGUGAGUGUUUGUGGCAAAUUUGAAGAAAUUCCUUCAAGGUUGUGUUCAUGAGAAUCAGACAGACAAGGUCACAGUGACCCUGACCUCUGACUACCAAAAAUAAAUAAGUUAAUCGCUAGUCCAAGUGGUAAAUUGUACCCAAUUUGAAGACAUUUUCUCAUGGUGUUCUUGAGAUAUCUGGUUCACAAAAAUGCCACAGACAAGGUCACUGUGACCUUGACCUUUGGCCUAUGACCACCAAGAAACUAAUUAGUUCAUCCUUGACUCAAAAUGGAUGUUUGUGCCAAAAUAUGAAGAAAUUCCCUUAGGGUGUUCUUCUUAUCAUGUUCACGACAAUAAGACAAAAAAAGCCACAGUGACCUUGAUCUCUGACCUAUGACGCCCAAAACUAAUCAGUUCAUCCUUGACUCACAAGAAUGGGACAUAUAUAUGGAAUAUAUGGAUGGAUGGACGUACAACUGACAACAUGAUGCGGAGUCAUAAAAAUGUGUUAAUACUUAAAGUAAGAUACUUAAAAAAGUCUAACUGCGGUACUGUUUCUGAACCUGACCUUUGUUUCAGAUAAAAAAAAUGCCCAGAUAUAUUUUUCAUGGACACUUCGUUUUGGUUUUAACCACAUUCAAAGUGAAUACAGAUAAAAGAUACUCUUUCCUUUGUCUAAGCACACACACGGUUAGUCAACAGAUUGGUGUUUUAUUUAACACCACAUGGUGAAGUGACAUUUAU